AUGGAAGGACAAAAGUCAAUCGUACAGCCUCCAACUUAUGGAAACCUAAUCACGGUUCUCAGCAUUGAUGGAGGAAGAAUAAGAGGGAUUAUCCCGAGAACAAUCCUCAGCUUUCUGGAGUCUGUGCUUCAGAAGAUGGAUGGAGAGGAUGCAAGAAUGACAGACUACUUUGACGUGAUUGCAGGGACAAGCACAGGUGGGCUUGUGACUGCCAUGCUUACUGCACCAAAUGAAAAUAACCGUCCCUUGUUUGCAGCCAAGGAUAUCAAAGACUUCUACCUCGAAAGCUGCCCUAAAAUCUUCCCUCAACUCUGGUCCUCAUUCCCUCAUGUUGCAAAGAUAAUUAAAGCCCUGUCGGGACCAAAAUAUGAUGGGAAGUACCUCCACAACAUCGUUAAGGAAAAAUUAGGAAACAUAAAACUACACCAGACAUUGACUAAUAUUGCAAUACCGACAUUUGACAUCAAGAAACUCGAGCCAACCAUCUUUUCCACCUACGAGGUGCAAAACAAACCAAGCUUGGAUGCCUCACUCUCAGAUAUAUGCAUUGCAACCUCAGCAGCGCCAACUUACCUUCCAGUACAUUACUUCGAAACCAAAGCUGCCGACGGAAGAGUUAGAGAAUUUAACUUAAUUGAUGGUGGUGUUGCUGCAAAUAAUCCGACUCUGAUAGCAAUUGGUGAAGUAACAAAGCAGAUCAUGCGGGGAAAUCCCGACUUUCUCGCUAUUAAGAAAAUGGACUAUGGUCGUUUAUUGGUUAUUUCCCUCGGAACUGGCUCACCAAAAGCUGAGGAAAAAUAUGAUGCAGAUGUAGCAGCUAAAUGGGGUGUAUUGGGGUGGUUAACCAGUGGUGGUUCCACCCCAUUAGUUGAUGUGUUUACCCACGCAAGUGCUGAUGUGGUCGAUUACCAUCUUUCUGUGGUUUUUCAAGCCUCGCACUCGGAGAAGAAUUACCUUCGUAUUCAAGAUAACUCACUAAACGGGAUAGUAUCUUCAGUCGAUAUAGCCACCAAGACUAAUUUAGAAGAUCUUGUGAAGGUUGGAGAAGGGUUGCUUAAGAAACCUGUUUCAAGGGUAAAUUUGGAGACUGCAACUGUUAUGCCAUCUGAUCAAGAGACUAACGAAGAGGCUCUAAAAAGGUUUGCGAAAUUACUCUCUGAAGAGAAGCAUCUUCGCAAUGCUAGAUCACCUCUUACCAAAAAGAUUUCCUUAAUUCAUUGGCUCCAAAUGGCCUCCCGCCACAUAAAAUCGACAAUAAAAAUAGUUGUACUUCGAAGAGCAAUCGAGGAGUACACAUCAGGAACAAUGUUGAAAGUAGUUCUGAUGGAUGAUGUUGGAACACAAAUUCAAGAUUUCUUAUUUAACAAGCUCGUCACCAAAUUCAGUGAUUCACUAUUGCUUCAUAAGACAUACAGAAUUUCUAAUGAGGAUCUUGCUGAGAAUGAAGGAAACUUUAUCAUGGAACUAAUACAAGAAAAACCUAUUAUCACAGUUACACAUGUGGCAAUCAACACCUACAAAGGUCUGUCUCUUCAAAUGCAAAAAGGAUCUACAUUGCAAAUCAAUAUGGAUAUUGAAAGUGUCAAAGCAUUAAGACAUUGGUCCAAAGAUAACAUAAAUAACAAAGAUAUAAGAAAUUUGAUUUCUAGUACAAAAGAUCAAAAAUUCAAUGGUGCUGAAAAAGUCAAACUUCAAGACAUAAUAAGAAAAUCUACAAUGUCCUUUAAGAAAACAAAUUACUGUUUCGAAGCAAUAAUUGAAAAUGUCGUUAAUGACCGCGAACCGUGGUUCGACGCGUGCAUUCCUUGUGAUGAUUUGAGCUACGGUGUGUGCAGGGAUGGGGAUAACUACCUGAAGCAGUACGUUCUGACCAACGUUCCCUCCUGCUCGGACCUCCUCACUUCAGACAACCUCCUCGCUCUCUCAGCCUUCAGCAAGACAAUGAGUCAACUCCAGAUCCUUUCCUUCGACAGGAAGAAAACUGCCCCCAGGCUUGUUAUCACCCCUGCAUCAAAUUCUUCACCAGCUUCAGCAUCUUCCUCUGCUACCCUUUCUGAUACCACUCUUUUCAUCGAUCCGACCAUGACGGCUACUGACCCGGUCGCCAACACAGCGACCGCCAGUCCGAACGUGACCCCCUCUAUCAGCAAUCCUCCUGGCUCUACUACUGCUUCCGCACGGGAAAAGGCAAGAGGAAAAAGGCACCAGCCUGAUAGUGCCCUUAGCGUCGAUGAUGUUCCUUCGUCACAGAGGGUCAGGCCCUCUGGGCCGAAUGUGAUAUCUCUAGCAAGGCCUCCUCAAACUAGGCCCCCUACCCCUUCUGGACAUGCCUCCGCUUCAGGAACGGCACCAUGGAACCCUCACUUCAUUCGAACAGACGGAUAG